AUGGAGCUGGCCAAUGAGACCUCAGUUCAGGAGUUCAUUUUGAUAGGCUUCCGAGUCGGGCAGCAGGAACGGUACUUCCUCCUCAUCUUUUUUGCCAUUCUUUAUGUACUCACGUUGGCGGAGAACUUCACCAUCAUCACACUGGUGCACCUAGAUGCCCACCUGGCCCGGCUUCCCAUGUACAUCUUGCUGAGCCACUUUUCCUGGUUGGAGUUGUGUUACGUGAGCACCAUUGUGCCUCGUAUGGUCUUUGAUCUGUCUUCCCCGCAAGGGAUCAUCUCUUUCAGGGACUGCUUCCUUCAAUUCUACCUCUUAUUCUCCUUUGGCACCACUGAAGACUGCUUCCUCUCGGCCAUGGCCUUGGAUCGAUACUUGGCCAUCUGCCACCCAUUGCGCUACCCACAAAUCAUGUCGACAAACUUUUGCGGUGUCCUGGUGGCUGCUUGUUGGGUCAUUGGCUUCAUGGCCUUUGCUGUCCCCGUGACUAUGAUGUCUCAACUGUCCUUCUGUGGUCCCAACAUCAUUGACCAUUUUUUGUGUGAUGCCGGGCCCAUUCUGAGCCUGGUCUGUUCACCAUUAGGAAUUGCUCCCCUUCUCUGUCAGAUUUUAGUGAAUAUUUUGCUUUUUGGCAACAUCUUCUUUGUUGUGCUGUCUUAUGGUGUUGUCAUUCUCACGUUGAUGAAGCCUUCUUUCGAAGGCAGUAGAAGAAAGGCCUUCUCGACCAUCUCAUUCCACCUAGUGGUGGUGACACUUUUCUAUGGCUCCGUUGCAGCAAUGUACAUAAUCCCAGACGGAGAAAAUCAGUCUGAGGUCACGAAGGCUGUGACACUCUUCUACACUUCCAUUACGCCAUUUUUGAACCCCAUGAUUUAUUGCCUCAGGAAUGAUCAGGUCAAGGAAGCUGUGGGCAGACUGAGGAGAAGAAAGGUGAGAUUCCAGGGGAGAAAGAUGACUAUAUAA